ACAAUGGCUGGUGGGUUUGUAGCGUUUAGUGGUGAUUCCCCCGCCUUUCAGGCGAAGAUGACUGUUUACGUCUUCAUCUGUGUCGUUAUCGCCGCUGUUGGUGGUUUGAUCUUCGGUUAUGAUAUUGGAAUCUCUGGUGGAGUAACGGCGAUGGACGAUUUCUUGAUAAAGUUUUUUCCAGCUGUGUACGAGAGGAAGAAGCAAGCACACGAGGAUAACUACUGCAAGUACGACAACCAGUUCUUGCAGCUCUUCACCUCCUCUCUUUACCUCGCGGCACUCGUGGCCAGCUUCUUCGCCUCUGCCACAUGCUCUAAGCUUGGCAGGAAACCCACAAUGCAGUUAGCUUCCAUCUUCUUCUUGAUCGGCGUUGGCCUUGCCUCCGGAGCUGCUAACAUGUACAUGUUGAUCAUGGGCAGAAUCUUGCUCGGCUUUGGCGUUGGCUUUGGUAAUCAGGCCGUACCGCUUUUCUUAUCAGAGAUAGCUCCAGCGAGGCUUCGUGGAGGUCUCAACAUUGUGUUCCAACUAAUGGUUACAAUAGGAAUCCUUAUCGCCAGCGUAGUCAACUACUUCACCUCUUCUAUUCACCCUUACGGAUGGCGACUCGCCCUCGGUGGCGCGGGGAUUCCUGCCCUCAUCCUCCUCUUCGGAUCACUUCUCAUCUGCGAAACACCAACGAGUCUCAUCGAGCGGAACAAGACCGAGGAAGGCAAGGCAACGCUCAAGAAGAUUAGAGGCGUCGAAGAUGUUGAUGAGGAGUAUCAAUCACUCGUCCAAGCUUGUGAGUUUGCGAGGCAGGUCAAGGACCCUUACAGGAGGCUGAUGAAGCCCGAGAGCCGACCGCCUCUUGUCAUCGGAUUGUUGCUCCAGUUGUUCCAACAGUUCACUGGAAUCAAUGCCAUCAUGUUUUAUGCCCCGGUUUUGUUUCAGACCGUAGGGUUCGGAAAUAAUGCAGCUUUGCUUUCGGCCGUUAUUACAGGAUCUGUUAAUGUUCUCAGCACUUUGGUAGGGAUUUUCUUAGUCGACAGAACCGGUCGGAGAUUUCUCUUGCUCCAGGCUGCAGUCCAAAUGCUCAGUUGCCAGUUGGUCAUUGGAAUCAUUCUAGCCAAGGACCUAGGCGUGAAGGGUACUUUAGGUAAGACAGAAGCCAUGAUAGUGGUUAUCUUGGUGUGUGUUUACGUGAUGGGUUUCGCUUGGUCAUGGGGACCAUUAGGAUGGCUGAUCCCUAGCGAGACCUUUCCCUUGGAGACACGAACCGAAGGGUACGCAUUGGCGGUGUCGUGCAACAUGUUCUUCACGUUCGUGAUUGCUCAGGCCUUCCUAUCAAUGCUUUGUGCGAUGAAGUCAGGGAUUUUCUUCUUCUUCAGUGCUUGGAUCGUUGUGAUGGGACUCUUUGCUUUGUUCUUCGUGCCAGAGACUAAAGGAGUCUCGAUUGAUGACAUUAAGGAUAGUGUUUGGAAGCGGCAUUGGUACUGGAAGAGGUUUAUGCGUCAGGAGCAUGACGUGUAGAAAAUAACUUCUUGAGCUUUUUGAUGAGAAACCAAUUUGUUGAUUCUUGUCUUAUACUUAAUUGAUAUGCUUCUUCGGCUUUGGUAUCUUUUGAUGAAAACUCCAUGCUUCUACAGUUUUAUGUGUGUUAACUU